UCCAGACCCCACAGCCCCCAGAAGUCCGUUAGCCAGAAAGUCCACACAGGAGAAAGAGAUUGCUCUUCUUGUUCUUGUUCUUGUUCUGCUUCUUCUUCUUCCUCAAAUGCAAAUCUAGAGAGAGAAACCUGGAGAGAGAGAGAGAGAGAGAAUACAUCACGACCUCGCAGCAGAGAAGGUGCAGUCGGCAACGUACCUGAGAAACGUUUCCCAGGUGGAGAGACUGGAGGAGUGAGGAAAGAGGAAGGGAUUUUGACGGGGGGGAAAAGGGGAGAGGGGGGAUGCGAAGACGCCUGAGCUCAAGAAACGGAGGACGAGGUGCAGUGCCUUGAGGAACCAUGUCGUUCCAACCAUCGCCGAAGAAAGCAAACCCUAGCCCCAAGCCCAAGCGAAGAGCCUCCAGCUGGUCCGACUUCUGGGUCAAGAACACCCACUCCAACAAGCCCCUCAACCCAGUGAUUUUCACUAUGCAACUCUCUCCUCUCUCCAAGAAAGACCCGGAUAACCCCAAAGCCCAGACCUUUUUCUCCAAUUUCUCCAAAAUCGACCGUACCCUCUUGUUGCCCGACGAGGUUCUGCUCAACAUACUCGGUAGAAUGCCUGAUUCCCAGAGGCUCUCUAAUUUCCUCGUCUGCAAGCGUUGGCUGAACAUUCAAGGUCGCCUCGUGAGGUCCUUGAAAGUCCUGGAUUGGGGCUUCAUCGAAUCGGGCCGAUUGAUUGUGAGAUUCCCGAAUCUAACGCACGUUGAUUUGAGCCGCUCCUGCGUUGUUUCGCCCCGGAACUCGGGCAUUUUGUUGCAUCAUGGUAGUAUUUCCAUGCAUUUGAAUACUGGAUUUUCGCCCAUUUAUCGCAUUCUUGAAGAAAAUUUGCUCUCUGUCGAGGUUAUUGACAGGGGAUUGAAGAUGCUUGCGAAUGGUUGCCCCAACUUGUGUAAGCUUAUGGUGGUUGGUGCUAGUGAGUACGGGCUAUUGAGUGUGGCUGAAGAGUGUUUGACGCUGCAGGAGUUGGAAUUGCACAAGUGUAGUGAUAAUGUUUUGCGUGGAAUUGCUGGUUGCAAGAAUUUGCAAAUCCUGAAAUUGGUUGGGAGUGUGGAUGGAUUUUAUGCUUCUUGGGUUACUGAUAUUGGCCUAACUAUAUUGGCGCAAGGGUGUAGGAGGUUGGUGAGGCUUGAGCUUUCUGGAUGUGAGGGAAGCUUUGAUGGAAUUAAAGCCAUUGGGCAGUGCUGUCAGAUGUUGGAGGAAUUGACCCUUUGCGAUCACAGGAUGGAUGGUGGUUGGUUGGCAGGACUCUCCUACUGUGAGAAUUUGAAGACUUUGAGAUUCGAGUCUUGUAGGACCAUUGAUUCUAAUCCAGGGCCAGACGAGUUUUUGGGUCUUUGUCCAGCACUUGAGCGAUUACAUCUGCAGAAGUGCCAUUUGCGGGAUAAAAACAGUGUGAGGGCAAUGUUUAUGGUGUGUCAUGCUGUGAGGGACAUUGUUGUGCAGGACUGCUGGGGCUUAGAAAAUGAUAUUUUUAGCUUGGCGAGUUCUUGCAGGAGGGUGAAAUAUCUUUCUUUAGAAGGAUGUUCUCUGCUGACGACAGAGGGCCUAGAGCCUGUGAUUUUUUCCUGGAAGGAGCUUCAAAGUCUGAGAGUUAUAUCAUGUAAAAGUAUAAAGGACAAUGAAGUCUCUCCAGCACUAUCAACACUUUUCUCGGUUCUUAAAGAGUUGAAGUGGAGGCCAGACACCAAAUCUCUCCUUGCGGCAAGUCUUGCGGGAAGUGGGAUGGGAAGAAGAGGUGGCAAGUUUUUCAAGCGUACAUGAAACUGGGGUCGCUAACUUAUAAUCAGCUCCCGGAACUAGAUUUGAUAACUGGAGAGCGUGCUAGUGAGGAGUAUUUUGUUGUGCCAACUCACUGGAACGCCUAGGUCAUAAUUGCUGCCAUCCAUUUUGAUAAUCGAAUGGAUCAGGUGGGAGCUCCGACCUCCAUUGCCAAAGAAGUCUGGCAAAUUGGAUGGCCAACUUGCUUGGUUUGACCAUCUCGUUUACGCUUAUUCUCACACCGCAAGCAAUUCUGCCAUCGGAUCAAAGCUUCCACAAAUUUCCAAUGGCAAAUUUGCAAAAUUCCUUUGGCGUUUUAGUACCACUAGUGUUAGUGUAAUUUUGUUUCUUACAAUUCAUAUUCUGGAGACUGACAAAUCUGUCAGUUGCUUAGUCAUGGAGGUACGUAGAGUAGUUUCGGGGAGACAAUGUUCACUAGGACUAGUCCUCUUUAUCGUGUAACAGUUUCACAUUCAGCUUAUCGACGAAGAAGAAUCUAUCAAAACAAAGUCCUGUCCAAUGAGGGAAUGGCAAUGUAGAAUCAACUACUUAGCAUAAUAAUGCCAAGUCAAAGCAGACCAAAUUGGGGGUUUCCAUUGAAA